AUGCCACCAGACAGCCAAGCAGAACAACCUCAUUAUGUUGAGCCAAAUGAGCUCUUACCAAGGGAUUACAACUGGACAUAUGAUCAAGACCCUGGAACAUGUGAUAUUUUUACCGCGGAUAGUUUCCAUUUGAAUGGUUCUGGCUUUCAUGCAGGGGGUCUGAUUCACCCCCAGUCAUUGGAUACUUCCGAUCUAUGCUUCCUCGAAAAUACAUAUGAUGCUACCAACACGGCGCCGGCAAUUCCUUUCAUGGGACAUGAAUUGGGAAAUGAUAGUUUUCCUGCUUCGGUAUCUUCUCUGGAUGGAUUCUCGGAUAUGAUGAAUGUGUACUCCGGUACAACGAGCCCUGGAAAUGGUCUACUGCAAGACACGCCCAAUACUCAACUGUUGGAUGGCUUUUCAUGGAACUGGGAAUCAAGCCCUGGUGUCAGCGAUCCGAUCCCGGCCUCGGAACCCAUUGAACAACCGGCUCCAGCAUCUCUCUCGCAACAAAGACCUGCUCCUGCGCCCCGUACCAGAAGUGGCCUACCACGACGCAGAAGUCGAUAUCUUGUCUCGCAGCCUGUCCAAAGGACUCCUCCUAUCCAAGUCCCUGGAGCGAAAGAGAUGGAUCCUAUGCAACGAUGGCAGGAAUCUCCGCCCGAGGAUGAACCGGCUUCACUCACUGCAAUCAUGAAUGCCAUGGACGAGAUGCCGAACAAUCGCAGCCCCGGGCAAGCGCAUGGUACCAGACCGACCAAUGCCUUCAAACACUAUCGUCAAUCUGCCUCAAUCACGAGUGGAGAAUUCAGUGCCUCUUCUGCUGACUCGGCAUGUUCAUCGGCCGGACGGUCGACACCCCAAAGCAGCCGCAGCCGCAGGUCCAAGGGACGUGUGGCUAAGAACAAAGCGAAGCCGUGGAACGAUACCAAACCACGGAUAUUUUGUUGCACCUUCUGCUGCGACCGCUUCCGGAGCAAGUAUGAUUGGGUGCGCCAUGAAAAGUCUCUACACUUAAAUUUGGAGACGUGGUAUUGCGCCCCUCAAGGCCCGUCCGUAUUCUCCGAGACGACCGGUCAAGAACACUGCGCAUACUGCAAUGCUCCGAACCCUUCUCGUGAACACCUCAUCGAGGAGCAUAGUUAUGAAGAAUGUCAGAACCUCUCCAAGGCGUCUCGCUCAUUCCGACGGAAGGAUCAUCUCGUUCAGCAUCUGCGUCACGUACACCAAGUCAACACCGUCCCGCUCAUCGACGAAUGGAAGAGCGAAUCCAAGAAUAUCACAUCAAGAUGUGGAUUCUGCGAUCAAAAAUUACUUGACUGGGACGAACGCAUCGAGCAUAUCGGUGAUCACUUCCGCUCCGGACUCACCAUGAAAGACUGGAAAGGCGACCACGGCUUCCCACCCUCCAUCACGGCACAACUAAGAAACGCAUUCCCACCCUAUCUCAUCGGCACCGAGUCCGAAAGCAUGAUCCCAUUUUCCUCGACUAAUGCAGCUGUCCGCGACCACUACGCCCAAAUGUCUGCUCGAGUGGAGGCAUCAAAGGGCUAUGGGAAUACAGGACAAGAAUCUGCCGCAGCUGGUGCCGGUGCCGGUGCUGGCGCCGCCGAUGCGACGAAGUUACAAUUUGAUAAUUUCUUGGGCAACUUUACGCGCCAUUUGGGCCAGUUUGCCAGACAGCAGAUGCAGAAUGGGGUUAUUCCUACGGAUGAGAUGUUUCAGCAAGAGGCGAGGAGAGUGGUUUUUGAUUGUGGGGAUGAGUGGGAUCAGACUAUUGCUGAUAAUCCACAGUGGUUGUCUUCUUUUCGGAGGUUACAUUGUGAGAAUGGGGAGGAUGGAUCUAAUGGCUGA